AUGUCAACAAGCUGUCUUUGUUCAUUUAUAUGAGUCGUGGACUUACAUCAUUAUUGUCGACGUCAGAAUUGAUUGACAUUCAGUUGCUAAAAACAAUGGAUUGCAAUGAAAUCCUCACAAGAUUCAUAAAUCUCCUUUAAAGUGGGACUACGGUGUUGUUUUCUGUACUAGCAUAUUGCAUCAGGCUAGGUGUGUGGCGGUGUGCCUGAAUGUAAAUAUAGGAACACAGACCAGCUGGCUGCAUGCUAAUCGAUGACUUUACCUGCCGUGUCGUAGAAUUUGACAUUUGUUUUAUUUACUUUGUGGUGCGCGAGUCAAUUAAAACCACGUACAACUGAUUACGAUCCCUCUGAACUGAGAGACCUGGAUACGGAGACUGUGGUGAAGUGUGGCAACCUGAAAUCAGAACUCUACUGACAGCUUUUUCCUUAAGUGGUGUCUGGUAGUCUGGAGUGUGUUUGAGUCGAUCAUUUUUAUAUCAAAUCAGGUUAAAUUGUCAUCAUGCCCAAAGGAGGUAAGAUAUCUGUCUGAUAUCUCUGUGUCAGACAUAUAACUGUCACAGAGAGCUGAUCAACAAUGAUCACACUGAUUGACCACGUUGAGUCAGCAGCAGCACACGUCACUCUUGGGUUGGCAGAUGGAAUCCUGACAUGUGUUUGUGUACACACUGUUUUCAUAAUCUGUUAUGACUGCAUGAUAUUGAAAUUAUGCAUAACAUGUAUUUUACUAAUUUGAAACUUAAGCAUUCUGUAAACAGAGAACAAACAUUUUUGCAUUUUUGAAAUUAAUCUCACAUGCUUUUUGUUUUGUUUCUAGGAAAAAAAGGUGGCCAUAAAGGUCGGAUGAGAACCUACACAAGUCCUGAAGAAAUAGAUGCUCAAAUGAAAGCAGAAAAAGAACGAAAGAAGACUGAAGAUGAAGAAGGUGCGUCAGUGAACGACAACCAAAGCGAAGACAAACUGACGGCAUCAGGUUCAGAGGACAGUGAUGACGACGGGUCUCAGAAAAGGAAGGGUAUUGAGGGCUUGAUAGAGAUUGAAAAUCCUAAUCGUGCUGCCCAGAAAACAAAGAAAGUCACAGAGUUAGAACUUGAGGGACCCAGACAGCUUUCCAGAAGAGAAAGAGAAGAGAUUGAAAAGCAAAAAGCCAAGGAGAGGUAUAUGAAAAUGCAUUUAGCAGGCAAGACAGAUCAAGCUAAAGCAGAUCUCGCUCGGCUUGCCAUUAUUAAAAAGCAACGUGAGGAGGCUGCGCGGAAAAAAGAAGAGGAACGUAAAGCAAAAGAAGCAGCACAUGAAGCAGCAGCAGCAGCUAAAGGAAUACAUACGAUGUCUCUCAAAUAAUGCAGACGUAGUGGAUUCUUAAAGGCUUUGAUGCAUUUGUGGACAGUAUACAGUUAUAUUGACAAUAUUAUUUUUGGGGGGAAAAAAAGCUUGAAGAUGUGUUAUGCUAUGUAAGACAUUUAUAACACAAUGUUCCGUUGAUGAGGAAUAUUUCAGAAUAAAUUAACCCUGAAAGCAGGCAAUGCCUUUGUGAGAGCCCUGAUGCUUUCACCAAAGUGGCUAACUCAUAAUGCUUGCUUUCACUCGAUGAUACUAGAAAUAUAGACAUAUUUAUUAAUAUAUUAACAUAUUGACAGAUGCAACUGAGUGGAUUUUAAUUAAAGAAUUAUUGUAAAAAAUAAAGACGUCAUUAUCUGUCCUCUGUUGUAAAGGACCUGGGAUAUUGUAGAAUGAUGUGAUUCUCUUCUUGAAAUGAUGUAAAGGAUAACAUAAUGCCAAUAAAAAUUUCAUAACUUUUUACAGAAAAA